AGCAGAGUAAGUCGGUCUUCCAAACGCGUCGGACGCAUUUGUGCCCACUGUUCGACGUAUCCCUGGAAACGUUGCUCAUACGCCGCGUGGCGCGAUCGAUUAGAAGUGAGCGAGCUUUUCUUGUAGUUUCUUGUUGAUGAUAUUUCUUGCGAUUUUUGAUUGAAACGUAAAUAAUCAAACACAUAGAACAAGCGCCAAGAAAAAUAUUUUCCGAUAAUAAUUAUAAAUGCAAAACUUUUUAACCAAGUGCACGCGAUUGACGUUCAGCGUCGAGCGUCGCCCGUCGAGCGUCGAAUACUCAUUUGUGUACGAGUAUGUACAAAUAACAAGAGUAGAAGAAAACACAAAUAUCGAACACAAUGGAAACAAUAACGUGCGAAGCGAUUGGAAACGCGCCACAGACGCCGCUGCCCACAGACAUUGCCUCAGCCACAGCCACAGUCGCAGCCGCAGCCACAGCAAUAGCAACAGCAACAGCCGCUGCCCGGUCAGCGUCCGGCGUGUCAGUCAGAGUCGCGGGCUGAAGCACAAGUCGAAGCAGCAGGGCUAG